AUGAUGGCAUACGCCUGCUGUGUGAAGAGGCGAGUGGCGUCGGCGGGCCCGCUGUCCGAACACAACUCGGCCUUUGAUAUCCGGGCAGUGCGGGAGGCACUGGAGGCGCUUUGCGCACAGCGUCCUCCGUUUGGCCUGCUCGCCGACUUGAGUACGCUCGAAGGCAUCUUGCACGGCCUCGGCCUUCCCUCUGAGGCUGCCACUCGCGGCACCGGCGGCGUGCCGAACGCAUCUCACUCGAGACACAGCAGGACAGCCGCUGCAGCAGCUGCUCGGUCAGAGGCGUGCCGGAGACUCGCGGCGCGGUACGCCUAUGACUCACCGGUGGUGGUCGGUGGCGGCGGUCGUGCCCGCGGCGGCGCGGCAAGUCGGUGCGCGGUGGUUGGCUCGGGCGGCACUCUCGUCGGCAGCGGGGCGGGCGCCGCCAUCGAUUCGCACGAGGUCGUGUACCGCUUCAACCUCGCGCCGGCGGGCGAGCGCUGGGCGGGCGAUGUCGGCACGCGCACCACCUUCCGCCUCUUCAACGGCCAGUCACGGGCGGGCGCACGGCGCGUCAACGACUCUCGUGGCGCGACCCACCUCUUGUACUGCCCCUUUGACCGCUGGCUCGGUAAGUGUCUCCUCUCGGGCGUGCGCUGGCCGCCAAAGGGUGCGGUGGCCGCCAAAGGCUCUGACCGGCCCCGCCACCCGCGUGGCACGGGCAGCUGGCUGCUUGUGAACCCCGUCUUCUCGCUGCGGACCGCGGAGCAGCAGUGGGCGCACGGUGGCCGGCGAGGCCGGAUGGCGAGCACGGGGCUGCUCGGCGUCGCUCUGGCGGCGGCGGCGUGCGACCACGUGACGCUCUUCGGCUUCGGAAACGACUCGGACGCCGGCACCGCGGCGACGUGCGCCCACUACUGGGAGUGCUCGCGCAACCAGAGCCGCUACUUUGGCGGGAAGGCGGGCUACCACGACUGGCACGCGCAGUGGCGCGUCCUCUCUGACUGGGUCGCGUCGGGCAAUCUGUCCUACUGGACGCGGCGAGACUAA